GACCUGGCACUUGGAACCGAUGCGGAAGGACAGAAGGUGAAAGAUUCUAUGCGAGUGCUUCUUCCAGUUCUUCUCAACAAAAAUCAUGACAAUUACGAUAAAAUAAGAGCAAUUCUACUUUACAUCUUCAGUAUUAAUGGAACUACAGAAGAAAAUUUGGACCGAUUGAUCCAGAAUGUAAAGAUAGAAAAUGAGAGUGACAUGAUCCGUAACUGGAGUUACCUUGGUGUUCCCAUUGUCCCCCCAUCUCAACAAGGCAAACCAUUAAGAAAGGAUAGGUCUACAGAAGAAACUUUUCAACUCUCUCGAUGGACACCUUUUAUCAAAGAUAUUUUGGAGGAUGCCAUCGAUAAUAGAUUAGAUUCAAAAGAAUGGCCAUAUUGUUCCCAGUGUCCAGCAGUAUGGAAUGGCUCAGGGGCUGUAAGUGCUCGCCAGAAACCCAGAGCUAAUUAUUUAGAGGACAGGAAAAAUGGGUCAAAGCUGAUUAUUUUUGUAAUUGGAGGAAUUACGUACUCUGAAAUGCGUUGUGCUUAUGAAGUUUCUCAGGCACAUAAAUCCUGUGAAGUUAUUAUUGGUUCUACGCAUAUUUUAACACCCAGAAAGCUUUUGGAUGAUAUAAAGAUGCUGAAUAAAUCCAAGGAUAAAGUCUCCUUUAUUAAGGAUGAAUAAGGAUUUUUUUUUUUUGAGAUUUCUAUUAACAUGUUCAACGAAAAUAGAUCAAGACAAGGUUGCUACCAUGUAAUUUAAACACUGUAAAUAUUUUAUGGAGUAAUGAUUUUUCAAACAUACUUCUUAAUGGACUUUAUGAUUACAUAUCUUUGGAUUUGCCAUGUUUGAUAAUUUAAAUAGUGUUGCUGCUUUGUAGAUGAUGAGAUGAAAUGUUAAAAUGCUUUCUAAAAGGAAAUUUUUCAUGUUUGGAACUGAAUAUAUUAGAAUUGUGGGUGAUUUUUCACAACUACCUAUGUACAUAUUAAGUACUUACCAGAUACUUACCUGUCUUAACUGAAGUAUAGUUUUUUGGGAAAGAAUUAUUUUAAAAGAAAAGGUGGUAAAAUUAAAAAGUUUAAGUGUGUGUGUGAUAGAAUGAUUUUCUUUUAAGUACAGGUUUUUUCCCAAUUGAAAUUCAUAAUUUCUUUUGUUAUUAAUAGAAAUAAUUUUACACUAUAUCCUGUCUUCCCAGAUACUUCUGAAGAACACAGUUUUAUGUAAAUUCAAAGUCAUGUGUGUUUAAAUUAGAAAACCAAAAAUAAUUGUGAAUAUUCUAAGAGAAAAUAAAUAUAUAGUUA